AGUCUUUGGCUCAUUGUUUUCUCUUUGUCCGCGGCACAAUGCGUUGUCAAUAUUGCUGCCCCCUAGUGCGCUCAUCAAUUUAACUUUGCGAGGGAAUGCCACGGGGCUCGCCAGGGCGUGAGCCACUGCCCGCUGAGCGCGUCGCCGCUGCGACGCCGACGGCGCGCGACGGCGCGAACACACUGCCAGUGCCGGUGUCGUGGUCUGGCCACAGUGGCGCCGCAGGCCCCGCCGACGAGGCGGCGGCACCGGCAGGCCCCAACGAGGCCGCAGGGCUGCCCAGUGCGGGCUCGGAUGGCACGCCGAGGAAGGCCUCGUUGGGCUGGGCGCGCCCAGUCCGUUGCCCUAAGGCGGUGAGCUCCCAAGGGCCCGUGGCCUCUGCGUCAAUGUCUGUCGAGGGCCGCGUGCCAAUGACUCCGCCAGCGGCGGCGCGGCGACGGACGGCGAAGCAGAGCUGCAGCCGCAGCCCUGGCAGCAGGAGCACGAGCUCGGGCCCCGCCAGUGUCGGCCGCGGGCUCGGGAGCACGGCGGAACGCCAGAGCGCCAGGACGAGCCCCAGCACUGGCGAGCAUGCGGGAUACCCUGUCGGAGACCCGCCGCUGCCAGAGGGCGACGAGGAGACCCAGGAAACACUGCGCGCUGUGCCGCGCUCGCGAAAGCUCUUCGUGGGCGGCAUCCCCCAGGGCAUGGACAGGGACGGGCUGGCAGCCUUCCUGCGCGGUUUCGGCGCCGUCGAGCGCGCGUGGCUCCAGCGGCACCGGCGGGACAAGCAGAGAAACCACCGUGGGUUUGGCUUCGUGCUGUUCAGGGAUGCGCUCGCGGUCGAGCAACUCCUUGGCGGCAGCUUCUCGAGGCAUCUGACGCUGCAGGAUGGCACCCAGAUCGAAGUGAAAGCGGCGCUCGACGGCCCGCUUGAGACAACUGCGGCGCGGCCGAGCCCGCGCACAGGCGAGGCCACGCCACCUGCGUCUGGACUGAGCAGUCCGCGCCUCGCCUCGCAGGCCGACGAAGAGGUGAAGGCUCGCACCCCGGUUGGUGCGCUCGAGCAGCCACAUGCGGAUCCGACGCCGGCGGCUUCCACGGCGGCCCCACCCCAGCCGCUCCGGGGCGCCUGCGUGGGCGGGCCCCUGCUGGACCUGGCGGGGCGCCGCGGGCCUGAAGGCCUGGCGGCCCCCCAUGCAGGCGCACACGCCGAGGCCUUCCGAGCCGCGCUGGCCGCGGUGCUGGUCCAGGCCAUGCCCGACCACUACGAGGAGUGACCCCCGGAGCUGGCGGCUCCCUCGCAGCGGGCGGCCGAGAGCCAGGCACGCCUUCUGCCCUCUUCUGAGCCGGCAGGUGGCGGGGGUUCAGCGCACUCGGCGCAGGCGGGGCUCAGCCAGAGCGCCAGAUCCUGCAGGAUCGCGCGCAGCGGGAUUUUCGCUGAGCCGGGCUGGGGAGCCGCUCGCGGCCUUGGAGGUGGACUUGCCUAUUGGCCGAGCCAGGUCGGGGAAGCCCCCCAAUGAUUGCAGCCAAGUUUGUUGUAAAUUGGUUGAGCCAGGUUUGUGCUGAGCCAGGUCAGUCCACGCCCGAUCUUCUUCAUCCCCCGCCCUCCGCAACCUCUCUCAGUCUUGCCUCCUUCGAGCCGGACGCCCGCGACGCAGGCGGCACCUCGGCGGCAAGUGUAUAGUCCUCCGCGGCCGGCCUCUGCGCAGGCGGCGCGGACGGAGCCUUUGCCGCAGGCCUGCUCCGGGACGGGGAGGGCAGGACAAAGAGAGAGGACGGGGCUUCCGUCGCUGCCUGCAGGCGGGCGGCGCGUGCGCGGACACCGCGCCAAGUAGGGUCAAUGCACACUGCUGUGGCCGACAGGUCGGCCUUUUUCCCUGGGCAUCGACGAGGGCUCCAGCACAUGCUGUGGCUGGACGUUGUCAGUUUGCAGCGCCACAGCUGGGUGGCUGGACUCUACGCUCGGAUCGAUCACAGUCAGCCAGGUCCUUUGUUUCGAAGUGCUGUCAUCACUUCUAGUAGCUAGGUUAAUGAUUUUGAUCUGCGACCGAGCGCGCUGCGAUCUUUGGAUCCUGGACGGCGCUCUGAAGACCGCCUGCGGCAUGUGGGAAUGGUUGUGCGGAGACAGGCAUUUGCCAGAAACAG